GGUAUAGUUUGAAUUUGCAUCUCUCUUUCUGAAAAUAAUUUUGAACUGUUAGUUAGAGAGAGAGGGAGAGGGAGAGGGAGUGAGUACUUCGAAGUUCGGAAACUCGAGGAGGCAACAACAGUACAGGAAAUUCGGGAGGACCUGAAACACACAGAUCUGAUUGCUUUGGAUCUACAUUUUGUCGUGUAAUUGAAGAACCAGUUGGCUGAAUCUGAGCAAAUUCAGAGGCUUCUUUUUUGCUUUUGAAAGCACUGUAAAAAGCUUAAAUGGAGUCUCAUCUGACAUUAUUACCGGCCUGCGAACGAACGUGAUAUAUCGAAGCGUGAAAAAGGGUCCCUCGUAGAUAGAUAUAUAUAUAUAUCUACGUGUAUACAUACAUAUAUAUAUAUAUAUAAUUAUUGAUACAAAAGCUACAGUAGACUGUAUGAUCGUCAUCAAUGCAAAGGACACCCCAACAUCUUCAAGUUUUCUCUCUCCUCCAAACCCUAAUUUAGAUCCCAAAUAGGCCCCCUCUUUCUCUCUCUAAAAACUGGGAGGAUAAGAGGAGAAGAAAAAGCUCAAGUUUUGAUGUGAGAAAGGCAUGAAAGUGGUAUGGAGGUGGACGAGAUUCAAACUCAGGGACACAAGUUUCCAAGGAUAGGUAACGGUAGAGGUGAUUGUAACAAGAUAGGGCAAAAGGGGGAAGAACAAUAUCCUGAUGAUGAAGAAGAUGGAGAAAUCAAAAGGAGUGGCGGCGGCCGCAGCGGCGGUGGGAUUGAGAUUGGCGGUGGCGGUGUUGGGCGGCUUUGUGGGUGGCCAUCGUCUCGAAUUGUUAGGGUUUCUAGGGCAUCUGGUGGGAAAGAUCGGCACAGCAAGGUUUGGACCUCGAAAGGGCUUCGGGAUCGCCGUGUUCGCCUCUCGGUCACCACCGCUAUUCAGUUUUACGAUCUUCAAGAUCGUUUGGGUUAUGAUCAGCCUAGCAAGGCUGUAGAGUGGCUUCUUAAAGCGGCCGCGAAGUCCAUUGAUGAACUUCCUUCUAUAAAUACUUCAUUUCCAGACACUCCUCAGCAAUUGAGCGAUGAAAAGAGGUCGAGUGCUGGUACUGAACAAGGGUUUGAUUCGGCCGAUUUGGAAUUAGAUGGUGGUGAUCAGACUUUUCAUCAUCAGCAGCACCAACAGCAUGUUUCUUUGUCGAAAUCGGCGUGUAGUAGUGCUUCGGAGACGAGUAAGGGCUCGGGUUUAUCUCUCUCGCAGAGGUCUGAAAGCCGCAUAAAAGCAAGAGAGAGAGCUAGGGAAAGGAAAGCAGGGAGGGAGUGGAAAGAGAAAGAGAAAGAGAGUCAUGAAUCUGUUAAUCAUCCCCAAAAUAUUAACCCUAUUUCCCAAAGCUCUUUCACUGAGCUUCUCACUGGUGGCAUAAACAAUGUUAAUAGCGCCACCACCACCGCGAGUCCUAAUGGAUCCGCAGCCAAUUUGUUCCAGAAAUCGACUCGGCCGCAGUGGUCUUCAGCUCCGAUGGACUACUUCACUUCAGGGCUUCUCAACUCGUCUCCAUCCCGAAACCCUCACUCAUCUGGGUUUUCUGGACAAAUUCACUUGGGGAAUUCUCUGCCACCGUCCAUGGCGAUUUCCCAAUUCAGUCUCACGGCCGAUCACCACCACCACCACCACCCGGAGCUGCAGCAUUUCUCGUUCGUCCCAGACCAUCUCAUCCCAGUCUCCACCGCUGGCGUUGGUGGUGAUUACAAUCUCAACUUCACCAUCUCUUCUGGUGGCCUUGCUGGUUUCAAUAGGGGGACCCUUCAGUCCAAUUCACCGUCUCUGUUGCCUCAUGUUCAGAGGUUAUCUACCAUAGACGGAUCAAAUGUACCAUUCUUCAUCGGGACCGCGGCUUCAAAUGCUGCACCGGUGGAGAAUCAUCAUCAGUUCCCAGCUGGGCUUGAUGGCCGCUUGCAACUCUGCUAUGGCGAUGGACGCGGCCGACAAUCAGACCAGAAGGGGAAAGGAAAGCACUGAGUUCGUUGCAGAGCUCGUUCCUCUCGGCCCAUCUUUGUCUCUCUGCAUGAUAUUGAAGAUGGAUUAGCGGCAAGCCCUGAGUGAAUGCGUGUCUUCUCUAUCUCAGGAAAAUGUCAUUAUUUAUGCUUCCAAAAUUCUUUUUUAUGUCUGUUUUAUUCAUUUUGAAGUCAUUCAGUUCUCAUUCACGUAUUCGGAUAUAUUUAUGUAUGCAUGCAAUUUGUGUUUUGAGUUUUGGGUAAUUUGUGUGGAGAGUUUUUGAUUUCUAUUGUGCUGUGUGAGAGAGAAGAAUGCAAGAGAGAAAUUAACGCAAACACUAUUUGAAAAUCUUCACAAAACAUUUAACAAGUUGAUCAUGUGCUCCAAUGAGAUAUAGCAAAGAUGUCAUUGUAAGCAUUUAGGUGA